CACGCUAGUCAGUACGUGAUGGGGACAGGGAAAUGUCACGCAAACUCCGACACGGGGUUAUCCCCCCGUCGCUGCUGAGAGCGGAGUUGUGGGGCAGUCACUCUGACCAUAACUAGCGUUUACUUGCAACAAUCACGUUUAAUCAAGCGUGACGCUCACACUUAUCUCAGGUUGUAAUCGCGGCCUUAUGCGAUUUUACCUAUUGACGGUGACGUCACGGUCACGUGAUAAGCGUGACGGGAAGUGACAAAUGAGCCAGUAAACUUUGCCGUAGCGCUGUCAACAGAGACGGGCUGAUUCGGCUGAUUGACCGAGGGCCGUGAGAAACAAACGCGGCUGUCUUUGUCUCGGCGGUGUUUUCGCUACCUGUCCGGCAUCUUCUCGUUACCUGACCCCCUCCCCCGUGUGUCCUGGGGGUGAUCUGUGGUCUCAAGGUGUGGGCGAAUGUCAAACGGCAACGUUGUCUAAAGUUUCUGCGACUUGGAAAAGUGUUGUGACUUACUAUACCUGCUCCGCGUGACCCCACAGGGACGGGGGUGAAUCGGGCUUUAUACAGCGAGUGACUCUCUCGGAUUUCGGUUCUUGUAUCACCUUAACAGACGCGGCAGCAGCUGAAGAUGGGGAAGCAAGGUCGUGGAUGGAGUGUGGCGUUCACACUAUGGGUACUUGUCAUUCACCAAGUGAAGUCCUCGGGGAAGCUGGACAUGAAGCUGCACAGCUUCUACUCAAGUGGUAAAGGGUCUAAUGGAAACUGCUGCGAGUCCAUUGUUUCCUGGCUCGGCUGCAACAACCAGUGCGAUCCAAAGUUUACCAUCUGUGUAGACGAAUCGAAGAAAAGACCCAACAGCUCCGACAGUGUCCAUGAUUGUUCCUUGCUUAAAAAACAAACUGGGGUGAUGCAUGAACAAAACAAUGUGAUCUUCGGAACGGACAUCGGAGGGGUGUCCAAUCGCUUCAUCAUGUCCGUGGCAUCAAUACCAUCCAAGAUAAAGGUGAAGGUCGAGGUGUUUGAUGAAGACCCCGCCAACGGCCAAGAUCACAUGGACAACCUAGCCAAGGUGUUGGAAAACUUCGCCGUUAGUCCCACAGCCGAGGCAAGCGUCUACGAGACUUACAUCUUGAACCACAGGACACAACUGAAAAUUCAGUUACGUGCCUACUGCGAUCCUGACUGGUACGGUUCUGUGUGCGAGAUAUACUGCAAGGCGCAGAACAAUGAACUGGGCCACUACACAUGCCACCAGCAGACAGGAGCGAAAAUAUGUAAUAUGGGCUGGAAGGGAGACAACUGCGAACAGGAUAUCAACGAAUGUGUAGCCGAUGGUUACUGCCGGAAUGAGGCAGACUGUGAAGAUUUACCCGGGAGUUUUAAGUGCAAAUGUCGAGAAGGAUUCGGAGGAAUGUUUUGUGAAGACAUCACACACCAGUGUGCCACUGAUCCCUGUAUAAAUGGAGGCACCUGUUCCGGAAACGAGACACACUACAACUGCACAUGCCAAAUAGGAUGGGCCGGAGAUACAUGCGCAGAAGAGGUUGACCCAUGUGAGAGCGCCCCCUGUCAACAAGGGACCUGCGUGUCCAACAACGUCACAGCAACCCGGUUCACGUGCGCCUGUGAGUCUGGAUGGACCGGAAACGCAUGCGAUGUGGACAUAGUAGCAGGGAUACCAACUGAUGGUGACCCAGCGGCCAUUACGCUCCUGGGAGUGAUUGAUAACAGCAAUAGGGACAAUCUAACUAAUGGCUUGAUCAAACUCAUCAACGAACUCGGAGGUGUUCCGAAAAAGGUUUUUGUCAAAGUCAACACAAGAAUAAUACCAAUCAACAGCGAGACCACGACAACCCGUGUGGAGUUUUUCUCGUCACUUGCAGACGGGAACGUUCUGAACAAUGAAGCUGUCAACCGCAUCUUUAGCUCCAACAGCGAUGACGACAUCAACCCCUACCUGCCCCUCCCGCUCUACCCGGCCAGACCCCAGACAGGUCCACAAGGGCUAACAGAGGUGCGGAAGGAGAGUUGGCUGACCCUUAACUGGUAUGCGAUCGUCCUCCCUCUCCUCAUAGCGGUAAUCCUGGUGGUCCUGCUGGCGAUAAUCCUCAUCCGACGAAGACGAUCAGACAAGACAAAACAACUGAUGCGUUGCGAAAGUAACGUAAUGGACGCUGAACCCAACCACAUGGCGUUUGAGAAUGUUCUGUAUCUCGAGGCGAACAAGGAAAACCAACAGCGACAGAACAAUGAUCUGCCGCUUGACGGCGAACCUUCGGCUGAUGGUGAACUGGCGACUGGUGGCGCCUGCAGCGAUGAAUGCAACCCCUACAGCCAACCAGUGCAGUACGACACGCUUCCCAAACAACCCGCCGCUCUUUGCAACAGCGCUGGUCAGUACCAGAACAGCAACCUGGCGUCUCUUGACACCCGCUGUGAAGCCGGAUCCAAUGAUUACACUGACUUUAACGAUCUUGACGGAGACAAGACUGGAGUGGAAAAUCACUAUCAGGAACUGGAUGAGGUCCUUCAACAAAAGGCGGCCAUUGCAGCUCGUGACGGCGACGUUGGCGACGUCAGCGACGUUUCUGCUGGCGACAGUGACCUCGAGGACGACAUUGACAAAAUCAAAGAAAAUAUCAGGAAAAGCCAUAGUGAAGCGUGAUGUCAAUGUCUGAUAGUAUUGCUGGGUCCAUAUAAUAAGAGAAUGCCUCAGCUAAACAGUUCCGGGUCUGAAACAAUUUCAACAACGUAUCUGCAUUAUUUAAGAUGUGUUCGAUCUCAACAAGGCAAAAAGUUAGAUGCCAUUAAUGACAUGUAUGUUUUAUAUAUAACAUAAAAAAAAAAAAUUCUUUCUAAAAACGUUACGCGGGCAUUUGAUGUUUUUUUAAAAAAAAUGCAUUUUAAUUCAUACGUUGAUUAACAUUGUUCGUUUUGAAACCAAAACACUUAAUGGAAUGUUUUACACUCCGAAAAUAUUGUCGAUGCAAUAUUUCAUUUUAACUCACUCACUUUUGUGAAAAUAUUUGAAACACUGAACUGCACUGAACUGCGGAACAGAUCUGUUAAAUUUCUGUCUACCAUUUUGGUCUUUGAAUUACUGAAUACAACAGACUGCCGGGGGAAAAGAAAGUAUAUUCUUGAAAAUUGGAUUUGAGCCAAACAUUACUAACGUUACGGGGCUGGAAACAGUCGCCGAAAUACUGCAAACUUUAAAACAUUCUCAAACUAAGAUACCCGUAUUACAUACAUCACCAUGGAAUAACCAUUUCUUCUUGUUUACUUUUAGCCACCAUCAAACAUGGGUGUAUACUUUCUUUUCCCGGCAUAUUAUAUUUAUUUAAAAAUAGUGACUAUCCUCAAUCAGGGGCCCCGUAGCCAAGUGGUUAAAGCGUUAGCUCGUCACGCCGAAGACCCCGGUUCGAUUCCCGACAUGGGUACAAUGUGUGAAGCCCAUUUCUGGUGUCCCCUGCCGUGAUAUUUCUGGAAUAUUGCUUAAAGCGGCGUAAAACCAUACUCACUCACUAUCCUAAAUCAUAGAAUAACAUGACCAUGUACAUAUUUCAAUGUCUCAGUUUCGAUGUCUCCGGGAUUGCAGGAUAUGAUGUAGGGCAAUAAUGCUUCAGACAACUAGUGAAGAGUCUUGGUAAUUUGUUUAGUUCUUUGGCGGCGGCGGGGUAGUCUAGUGGCUAGAGCGUUAGCUCGUCACAUCGAAGACCCGGGUUCGAUUUCUCACAUGGGUUCAAUGUGUGAUGCCGUGGGGUGAUGUCCCCUGCCUUGAUAUUGCAAAAAGCGGCGUAAAACAAUACUAACUCACUCCAUUGUUUGCCCAAUUUACCGUUGAUAUUAGUAUACAGUAAUUCCCGUUAACUCAAACACGGAUGUGACGAAAGUAUUUAUCCUGGCGUUAUAGCGAAAUUGUAUUAAUUCUCUUAGCGUCUUAACGGGGCGUAUGACGUUAUGAAUAAUAACCCAUUUAUGAGAGAUACCAGUUCCUCUUUCAAAGCGAUCUAAGACUGUCGUAAAUCUAUUGUAAAGUAUGCAAAUUACUUUACGAUCGUAACUCCCGUACUUAAACAUGGACUUAUGACAGUCGUAAUGCUAAGAUCGCUUUGUACAAGCGGGUCAUGGCCUCUAAAGUAUUUCUUGCCACCUGAUCUUUUUUAUUAUUAUUAUUGUUAUAUAUACAGACAUGGUGUUGUAUUUCUGUUGUUUUGGAAUCAUGUUGUACAUACAUGUACAUAAAUACAUAUACAAUGAACACUCGUUAGUCCGAACAACGUUACACGAUCACAACUUUCCAUACGUUAACGGUUGAGACUUAACGAUGUACACAAUUAUUAUCGUCAUGUCGUUCGGAUUAACGAGGUUUCGCUGUAAUUUAGUUUUGAUACCACAUGACACAUCUGACCUAUUUAGUAAAGUAUAAUAAUGUUUCAGUUUAGAAUCUGUGAUUUUUACAUGGUUGUGAUAUAUACAUUAAUAAUAUAUAUACAGUUUAUAUAUAUUCUCCAAAAUGUCAAUGUCCGAAAGGAUUUUGUUUGAAAAAUAUAUGCAAAUAUAUUUUUCCGAUUCACGCAAAUGUCAAUUCAUUAUCAUAUUUUACAUUAGCAUAAUCACAUUGUUUACUUAUUUCAUGUUUUUUUAAUGUUUGCAUUAGUAUGUAAAUAUUUAUCAUUAAAUGGUGCAGAGUUAAAACAAAAAAACGCCGCUUCCAUUUCUUCCCAGUGCUGUUCACUACAAUGUACCGGACACUCUAAUGCACUGUACACUUAAGAAGAGAUUACGAAACUGGAGCUUCCAUGAUAAAAUGAUCAAGAGGCCCAGAAAAGACGAGUGCCCCUUUAAAGCAGUGCUAUAUCUCCGUACAUUGUAGCGUCUUUAUUUGAAUAUACUCAGCACAGAGAUCUAUGCAUAUAUCACUAUGUCCAUGACGACAUGUAAACAGUGCUAUUACUGUUUUGUCUAUUUUGUUAUCCCCGAUGUAACCAAACCUGAAUUGUUUUAUUGCUGGUGUACAUACAAAUGGUAAUGUUCGCUGGACGGAUGACCUUGACCUCAUAAAAAUGAAGGUGUCCAUCAUUACAAGGUCACUGAAUUACCAAAUCCGCUUGUAUAUUAAGGGCACAAUACAAGACUCAAACAUCAUAAAAGAUCUGCGCAAAUUUACUUCUGUUUACCUCCGGCUAAGUUAUUCAUAUGAUCAUGUCCAACGACCACUUGCCAUUCGUCACCAAUCGCUCAUUUCCGUAAUAACCAUUCGACAUCUUCCGGGAUGGCACGAGUGGUCCCGCGUACUACAGCGCGAGAGCAUGGCGUAUGGAAAUAAGCCAAAGUUGACAUUCGUCACCACUAGCCCCUUUCAAGUAUCUGCAAGAAGACUGGUCCCUCUACCGAUGGAUGUUAUGUGCGAAAAUACGACAAACCAGUCGAAAUGCGCGUAUGACUUCCAAGGAAUAAUUCCCUCAGGAAUAAUUGUGGAUUUUAUAUGUCUUACAUCUAAAAAUAUACCCAAGAUACAGUUAACUGUGUUCAAUCAUACUGUAUUAUACCGCAUGUCCCGAUGUGCUUUAAAUUGCAUCUGAAAUAUAUAUAAUGUUUGGGGAAUAUACGUGAAUCAUUACGCAACGAGUUGACAAUUCUUUUAUCUAUGCGCGUUGCCGCUUAGACGGAACCCAGUCGCAAAAAUGUCUACGACAGGGGCGCGAGUGUACAGGAGUUGGUCACGAAUGCCUAAUGUGAACAUACAUGUAAAAGACACGAAUGUACAAGUAUGUCCUACAAGCAGGAUAUGAUGUGAGUGCAUAAUCCCUUGUAUUUACACACUGUCAGUUUAAUAAUCAUUGAAGAUGUUCCUUGUAUGUAUACUACCCAAAAGAAGUAAAGGGUCCCCUGAUUCUUUCAUAUUACUAGAGUUAAUCUGUCAUGCCAUGACAGAUUAACUAUAGUAAUAUGAAAGAAUCAGGUGACCCUUUACUUCUUUUGAGUAGUAUAUAUAGACGCCUCACACAUUUUACAGCAGCAGUAUCGCACAUCACAGACGGUAUGUCAUGAUCAUGACAUUUAAUGACAGUGUUCGUGUGGACAUGACAUUUAUCUUUCUACAUAACAAGCACUGUGUUUCCAUCCUGGCGUACUAUUUCGAUUCUCUGUAAGAUGUUUUGCUGUUUAUAUUUGUUUACAUCCCAGUUUCAAAACACGUUGAACGAUGUUAUAUAUAUAUAUACUGGAGGAUAUUGAUACAUUUCAAUAAAUUUUGCUCUUUU